AUGGCCAUCUUCACAGAUGAUGCUCCGCAUGUGGCGGGUACUGUCAUCACGGUCACGCUUUUGGCAUUCCUAACCCUGGGUUUACGCUUCUAUACACGCAUUACGAGAGCUAGCUGGGGCAAGGAAGAUACACUUAUGGCGGUGGCUGCAGUUCCCUUUGCCGUUCUGUCAAUAGCAUGCUUAGUAUCCAGUUUCAACGGUGUUGGCAUACACGAAUGGCGCCUUCAGCUGCCUGAAAAUAUUCAUUACCACGAGUCAGGACUAUUUUGGUUUUUCCUUUUCGAAGUCUUCUACUGCGUCACGAUCAUUCCCGUAAAGCUCAGCAUUUCCUUCAUGUUGAUACGAAUCGCCGAAAACCGAUCGUGGUUCAUCUACGCACAGUACAUAAUCAUGGCCAUGUUCACACUCAUGAAUCUGAUCGCCGCCUUCUACAUCAUAUUCCAAUGCAAUCCGGUUUCAGCCGCAUGGGACUCGGUUUUGCAGGCUGAAGGAACGCACUGUCGACCGGCUGUGAUUUUGGCGGAUAUUUACUAUGCGACAACUGCCGUCAACAUUUUCACUGACUGGGCAACCGCUUUGAUGCCCAUUCCACUUCUGUGGAAUGUAAAGAUGAAUAUCAAUCAGAAGAUAUCUGUUGCCACUAUUUUAGGCCUGGGAAUAUUUGCAUCUCUCUCUGCUUGCAUUCGACUUAAGUAUACGGUCUUGCUGACCUCAACCGAUGAAUACCUAUUCGGCCUGGCCAACAUUGUGAUCUGGGGAUAUGCGGAGAACGGCCUUGGCAUGUUCGUCGGGAAUCUUUCCACUUUGAGGCCUCUAUUCCGCACAUUCCUAGGCCUCGGUAGCUCAGGGGGCGAUACUGUCCCUACUGGCUUGACCCCGAACGGGCUGCCGAGCAAGUCGGCCCACCCUUACAGGUCUUUCGAUGCAGGAUACGAGAUGGGUACGGUUCACUCAACGAAGGACAGAAAGGGUGAUAUUGCUACGUCCACGCAAAUUCUUGGAGGGCUCGACAAGACCAGCCGUGGAAGUUUAUCGAGCGAUGGCGAGAGCCAGAAGAAUAUCGUCGAGAAGCCUUCACGUGGGCCAGGAUCGCAUGGGUUCGGCCCUGGUGGGAUUGUCGUAAGCAGACAGAUCGAUGUUCACCAUAACUAG